AUGUCAACUUCAACAAGCCCCACUAUCGGGCAACGGCCCCAGCAUCCCCUCCCGACCAGCCUCACCCUCUUACCCUACAACGGCGAACACCAGAUGCACGCCAUCAUCGCCCUCAUCGAAAAAGAGCUCUCGGAACCUUACAUCGUCUACACCUACCGCUACUUUGUCAACCAAUGGCCCUCGCUCUGCUUCAUCGCCUACCCCUCUCCGCAUCAAGAACCUAUCGGCGUGAUCGUAUGUAAGCUCGACCGCCACCUUAAAGGCUCCCGCCUCAUGCGCGGGUAUAUCGCCAUGAUCUCGGUCAAGCACGAGUAUCGUGGGCAAGGGUUGGCGAAGAGGCUGGUGCGCAGGGCAUUGCAGGAGAUGGUGGAGAAGGGCGCGCAGGAGGUGGUCCUCGAGACAGAAGCGGACAAUGUCGCUGCGUUGGCGUUGUACGAGAGGCUGGGGUUCAUUCGUGAGAAGAGGUUGCAUCGGUUUUAUCUUAACGGAAAGGACUCGUUCAGAUUGGUUCUGCCAAUACCGAAAUCGAUGCAGCGUCCGAUUCCGCCCGAAGUUGAUGCCCCUCCUCCAAUGGGUCUCGUCCAGCCGCCUUCCAUCUCUCAAACAUCAACAAUUUCCACAAACAGCACAGUCACAGACCACAUUGUACCCCGAACAGAUACCCACGCUCACAUCCUGUGA